AUGGGCAGGAGUUUAAGCCCAAUACUAAGGCGUGAAUUGGAAAAUCUUGAUAAAGAUGCUGAUAGUCGUAGAUCAGCAAUGAAAGCACUGAAAUCCUAUGUGAAAGAAUUGGAUUCCAAGGCAAUCCCAAUGUUUCUUGCCCAAGUUUCUCAAACUAAAGAAACUGGUUCUUUGUCGGGAGAAUGCACUAUUUCACUGUAUGAAGUUCUCGCUCGUGUUCAUGGUGUCAAGAUAGUACCUCUGAUAAACAGCAUCAUGGCCACCAUAAUCAAGACCUUGGCUUCAAGUGCAGGGUCUUUCCCUCUUCAACAAGCCUGCUCAAGGUGGUCCCAGCUAUUGCUAGAUAUGGGAUUGACCCAACCACCCCUGAAGACAAGAAAAGGAACAUUAUUCAUUCACUCUGCAAUCCUCUGUCGGAUUCUCUCUUGGGUUCUCAAGAGAGCUUGA